AAUCAUGAUAAAUGAUAGUGAGUUACCAUUACUCCUUUAGAGCACUUUCUACUGACUGCUAAAGGUAAUUUUGUUGUCUGCUUUACUUUUACGUCUCACAAGCUCUCGAACUGGUUAAAUAAGUAAGGUGAAUGUUCUGACCAAUCAGAGCAAACAUUCUUUCGUUUCAACCAAUCAAGAACAAAACCGCCUAACACCGUUGCAUGUUUUUGCCUCGCGGUCUGAUUGGUUAUUUGAUUUGGUUAUACUUUGCCCAAGGUAAUAAGUUUGGCUAGAGGCUCCGCACAAAAACGUCUUCACAAGUAAUCUUGACUCUUUUGAUUGUAAAAAGCUAAAAAUUUUUACCACGCGAUAUCCCAAUGUUAGAGGGGUGUCACUCAUUUGCAGAAUUUUCAAACCUCGGAGACAUUGCUUAUCUUACAAGUCAUUUUCCUUCCAAUUUUCAGGUGAAAUAACUCUGAUGAAGACAUUAGAUCGUGAAACUCAACCCACAUAUUCACUGUUCAUAUCCGCCCGCGAUCCUGACUUUACAGCUUUCACAGAAGUUCUUAUAACAGUGCUUGAUGUAAAUGAACACAAACCGGUUUUCAACCCACUGAAAUACAACGUGACAAUUUCUGAGGCGGUAGGUAUUGGGAGCUCGGUGUUAAAACUGACUGCUACAGAUAAAGAUACUGGAAGUAACAGCCAGCUGGUAUACUCCAUUGUGAAAGGAGACCCCCGCCGUUUGUUUACUGUUGACAGUCAUGGCAUUGUAAUAGUUUCCAAGGAAUUAGACUAUGAAAAGAACUCAACGCAUGAUAUGAGAGUAGCUGUUCACGAUAACGGACAAACACCACUUUUUGCCGACAGACCAGCUCAUGUUUUCAUUUCUGUGCGAGAUUUGAACGACAACCCGCCAAUUUUUGAACUCUCCUUGUACGAGGAAACCAUUUCAGAGAGCACGUCCCCUGGGACAGCUGUUCUGCGCGUGCGUGCCUUGGAUGCUGAUUGCUCACACGCUAACAGUAAAAUGGUUUUCUCGAUUGUGAAAGAAGGAUUAGAUCAUGAUUUUGUGGUGAACUCAUCUUCAGGUGUUAUUUAUGUCAAUAAACCCCUGGACUUUGAAAGAACGCAGGUUUAUCGAUUUCAGGUUGCAGUGCAAGAUAUCAGUAUUCAUUCACGCCUGGAUGUCACUACGGUUGUCAUUUCAAUUUCUGAUGAAAAUGACAACUCGCCAGUGUUUAACCCUUCAUACUAUAACAUAUCGAUAUCAGAGGACACAGCUGUUGGAAGAGGGCUACUUAGGAUUCAAGCAGUGGAUCAUGAUAGUACAGCGAAUGGAGCUCUUACUUACUCCAUAGAAUCGGGCAAUGAUCACUCUACUUUCUUCUUGGAUGAAUCCAAGGGAUCGCUUUAUUUGGCCACUGAACUUGAUCACGAGAAUGUGUCAAGUUAUCGUUUAAUAGUCAGCGUGAAGGAUAUGGGGGUCCCGUCUCGUAGAGCUGAGGUAUCUGCUACAGUCAUUAUUGCCAUCAGUGAUGAAAACGACAAUCUGCCUCGGUUUAAUUCCGAGAUUUACACCGCAGCAGUCUUUGAGAACAUUACAUCUGGGACUUACGUGUGUUCGGUUCAUGCUGACGACAAAGAUUCUUAUUUAAACCAAGAGAUUACAUAUAUUAUGGCCACUUACAGUGACACAAAGGCUCAGGAAAAAUUUACCAUGAAUAGCGCUACUGGUACAAUUUUUACAAAAGAAGACCUCGACAGAGAAGAACAGGAGGUCUAUGAGUUCACAGUCAUUGCAAGGGAUGGUGGGAAGGUAUCUCUCGAAGGUUACGCGAAAGUGAUCGUAACUUUGAUUGAUGUCAACGACAAUCAUCCGGUGUUUGAGCCCUCAAAAUACCAGUCUUCAAUCCAGCUUACAGCGGACGCGUCCAUCUCCUCGGCCGUUAUAACUUUAACCGCUGAUGAUCCAGACAGUGGGCCCGGAGGAAAAGUCAAUUACUCUAUCCUGAGUAUCACGGGCUCCAUAUCUUCAGAGCAUAGUAGUGCAUUCCGUUGUAUCAACGAGUCAAAUGGGACUUUUAGAAUAGAUGAGUAUACGGGAACUUUAAGGGUCGCAAGGACGUUAGCAGCGCUCUGUGUUUAUAAGGUGACAAUUCGUGCAAUGGAUCAUGGCAGCCCUCCGUUGUACAGCGUUAUUUCCAUAGAAAUUGAGACCGGAAAUGCCACUGAUUUAGGAAUCCCUACAACCAUUGCGAUCGUAUCGCAGGAAGAUCCUCGACCAGCUUUUCAGUCAUUAACCUACAUGGUAUCUGUAAACGAGAACGGGCCGCCACUGCAGCUGAUCCUCAACAUAUCAGUGAGGGCAGAGAGUAAAGAGAAGACUCGGGCGGAUAUGAUAUUCAGGAUUAUUUCAGCUUACUCCGCGAUUCGUUUCAUUCCAGGAAACAUAAAUGACUCCUUUUUUAUUCUUCCAAAUGUCUCGUCAACCCAUUUUGGAAUUUACACGUUUCGUCCAUUAAACCGAGAAGAAAAAUCUGAAUAUCAACUACUUGUAAAAGCGACCAAUAUAGAUGAACAUGCACCCAACUCCACCACCGCUGUAAGGAUCACCGUGGUUGAUCAAAACGACAACGCUCCAAGUUUCAACGAGAAAAUCUAUGACGUCAGUAUCCUGGAGAAUGUCACUGUUGGCCACGUGUUGCUAGUUCUUUAUGGCCAGGAUGACGACAUGGGAGUCAAUGCAAAUGUGACCUACUCAAUACUGGCUGGAUCUGGCAUGAAUACUUUUAGCUUGAACAAGACAUCAGGUAUCAAUCAAUUUUGGCUAGAGGCUCCGCACAAAAACGUCUUCACAAGUAAUCUUGACUCUUUUGAUUGUAAAAAGCUAAAAAUUUUUACCACGCGAUAUCCCAAUGUUAGAGGGGUGUCACUCAUUUGCAGAAUUUUCAAACCUCGGAGACAUUGCUUAUCUUACAAGUCAUUUUCCUUCCAAUUUUCAGGUGAAAUAACUCUGAUGAAGACAUUAGAUCGUGAAACUCAACCCACAUAUUCACUGUUCAUAUCCGCCCGCGAUCCUGACUUUACAGCUUUCACAGAAGUUCUUAUAACAGUGCUUGAUGUAAAUGAACACAAACCGGUUUUCAACCCACUGAAAUACAACGUGACAAUUUCUGAGGCGGUAGGUAUUGGGAGCUCGGUGUUAAAACUGACUGCUACAGAUAAAGAUACUGGAAGUAACAGCCAGCUGGUAUACUCCAUUGUGAAAGGAGACCCCCGCCGUUUGUUUACUGUUGACAGUCAUGGCAUUGUAAUAGUUUCCAAGGAUUUAGACUAUGAAAAGAACUCAACGCAUGAUAUGAGAGUAGCUGUUCACGAUAACGGACAAACACCACUUUUUGCCGACAGACCAGCUCAUGUUUUCAUUUCUGUGCGAGAUUUGAACGACAACCCGCCAAUUUUUGAACUCUCCUUGUACGAGGAAACCAUUUCAGAGAGCACGUCCCCUGGGACAGCUGUUCUGCGCGUGCGUGCCUUGGAUGCUGAUUGCUCACACGCUAACAGUAAAAUGGUUUUCUCGAUUGUGAAAGAAGGAUUAGAUCAUGAUUUUGUGGUGAACUCAUCUUCAGGUGUUAUUUAUGUCAAUAAACCCCUGGACUUUGAAAGAACGCAGGUUUAUCGAUUUCAGGUUGCAGUGCAAGAUAUCAGUAUUCAUUCACGCCUGGAUGUCACUACGGUUGUCAUUUCAAUUUCUGAUGAAAAUGACAACUCGCCAGUGUUUAACCCUUCAUACUAUAACAUAUCGAUAUCAGAGGACACAGCUGUUGGAAGAGAACUACUUAGGAUUCAAGCAGUGGAUCAUGAUAGUACAGCGAAUGGAGCUCUUACCUACUCCAUAGAAUCGGGCAAUGAUCACUCUACUUUCUUCUUGGAUGAAUCCAAGGGAUUUCUCUAUCUGGCCACUGAACUUGAUCACGAGAAUGUGUCACGUUAUCUUUUAAUGGUCAACGUGAAGGAUAUGGGGGUCCCGUCUCGUAGAGCUGAGGUAUCUGCUACAAUCAUUAUUGCCAUCAAUGAUGAAAACGACAAUCUGCCUCGGUUUAAUUCCGAGAUUUACACCGCAGCAGUCUUUGAGAACAUUACAUCUGGGACUUACGUGUGUUCGGUUCAUGCUGACGACAAAGAUUCUUAUUUAAACCAAGAGAUUACAUAUAUUAUGGCCACUUACAGUGACACAAAGGCUCAGGAAAAAUUUACCUUGAAUAGCGCUACUGGUUCAAUUUUUACAAAAGAAGACCUCGACAGAGAAGAACAUGAGGUAUGCGGAAAGAAGUUGUUUCUCAGAGAGAGACAUAUAGAAAUGGUCAAGGAGUGCUAUUGAAAUACAAGUUUUGAAAAUUUUCGUGAUCGAUGCAUGAGGUGUUCCCUUUCAUCUCCAGUUCCGGGAUCUCAAAUUUAGGUUAGAUCAAAUCAAAUCAAAACAAUGUUUAUUUGUUUAUUUGCCAACUAACUAAAGCUGAGAGAGUAUUCUCGUCUAAACCAUCACACUAACCCACCAAACGAUAAUUCACAAUCUCAAACUAAGUGUUUUUCGGCCUUAUUUAAACAUUUCAGUUAAUUAAGUAGAACAUUAGAACACAAAGAACACCUAACUAUUACACUAUGUUUCGGGCUGCAGGUCUAUGAGUUCACAGUCAUUGCAAGGGAUGGUGGGAAGGUAUCUCUCGAAGGUUACGCGAAAGUGAUCGUAACUUUGAUUGAUGUCAACGACAAUCAUCCGGUGUUUGAGCCCUCAAAAUACCAGGUAACAGUCAGUGAACAUACACUGUUGAAGACGACACUGAUACAUUUGUACGUAUGUACAACGGUAAAUGGCAUAUCAGUAAAACAGGAGGCUACGUUAUAGUAAAUACAACUGAC